CCUUUGAACUCUAUUCUGAGCUAGCUCUCCACAAGGGGUGUUAGUUUUACACUUUAGUGAUUGCAGGCUUGUUACGCUGAUCUAGUCUGAGUUGAGACCUGCAUUAUGGCUACUAGAAGACCUCUUCACAAACAGCAAAAAGAGAGGACGGUUGCAAGUAAAGAUCCACCAGGAAAAGCAAUUAAUGGAGCUCAAAUUCCGUUCCAUUUCAACCUGUGGCUCUUUCUGACGGUUGAGAACUGGUUGUUUGAUUUCGGACGUCCUAUUUAUGCACUGUAUGCAUCUGAUAUGUUCCCCCUCUCCCGGCCUAGUAUAGGGGACUACUGUCACAUGGCCUACAAUAUAGCCACUGCACUCUGUGUACUGCAACUACUGGACCGAUGCGCUCGCCCAGUACCCAAAUACCUGCAGCAUGUUCUGGUGGCAGUGUUUGUGAUGGGUGCCAGCAUCCACCUGGUGGGAGACUCUGUACAGCAUAGACUGGUGCACAUCGGAUACAAACUACACUUACCUCUCAGCGAAAACCCAGUCAUGACCAACCUGCAACCACCAGCUCUGCUCGAAUUCUUCAAACUAUUGGAGUUUUACGACGAGCACCUCGGUCACUGGGUGUGGUAUGUCCCCCUGUUUGCUACCUAUGUGCUCAUGUUCUAUGGUGGAUUUGUACGAGAAAAUCCGUCAAAAAUUCCCAUUGCUGGUUGGAUAUUACUAUUGCCGAGUGCUCUAUUUGAAUGGUAUUUAGUUACCGAAGGACAGAUUUUCGUACCGUUCCUGAUAAUGAUGGCUUGUAUGGUUUUGAUACGAUUGUUUCGAUCAGGGGAAUUUUUGGAUAGUAACGGACAAUGGCUGUUUCUGAGGGGAGCAUUGACGCUGGUGCUCAUCGGGGUGUGGGUGAUCUAUUUAUGGGACGAUGAGCAGUUGAGACGGAAAUAUCCCGGACUGCUGUAUAUACCCGAGCCGUGGUCCUUCACUUCCCUCUAUAUUAUGAACUAGACUGAACAUUAUAAAUUUUUUUUUGUUAAUAUUUUUGUAAGUUUAAUUACAUGUAGGUAUGAUAUUAAUUAAUUAUCGUGCAUGA